AUGAUACCAUCAGUUAAACCUUUGCCAACGAAUCAGAGAAAACUACCGACUUCACUAGCCUCAAAUGUUUUUAAAAGUCCGAACUCCAACCCAUCUCACAAUUCAACUGAAACACAACACCAAUUUAUGUUUCCAAUAGAAAUUGAUAUCCAAAAUGAUGUAAAUGCUUUAUGCUCUAUCAAAUCAAACUCAAAUGUCGAGUCAAAUUAUCAUAAUGAUAUAAGCAACUAUUCAGCAAAAAAUAUAUGCAACAUGGAAGAUUUGGCAUCACUAGACGAUUCUGAGGAUGAGACAUCAACACUAAUGGAAAACAAUAUUUUAGCAUCUUCACCACCGGAAGAUGAUUUACUUUUAUCAACACCAAAUGUGGUAAAAAAGUCAUCGAUAUCAUCAUUGGGAAGUAAUUCAAACAAAUACAUAAAAGAAUUAAUUGAUGAAGUCGAAGACAUUCAUUAUGAAUUGAAUCAAAAAUAUAACAUUUUGGAGAAUGAAGUAAAAGUGUUGAAUAAUAGAAAUCUGAAAAUAUGGCGAAAACUCGACCAAAUUGAUGAAAAUCAUGAUCAACUAUUAAAUAAGUUACAAAAUUUACGGAAUGAACUACUGCAACUACAACCAAUUAUCGACAAUCAAACGCAUAUCGAAAAUGAAGACAAUAACAGCAGCUUUCGAAAAGUAAAAAAUAUCAAGCAAGUUCAUUUAAUUGAGUCAAAAUUGAGCAUAGAAGAUGAAAAAUUGGUGUAUAAGCUUAGACUAAGACAAAAUCAAAAUUUGGAGCCGGUCUCCGAUAUAACUUGUCGUAGAUGCAAAACAAUUACACUAAGCAAAACGAGGACCGCCUCCUCAAGUACUACUCGGAAUACUAAGUACUCAUUUAAACCCAACAUUGUAGAUUUAUACCAAUCUGAGCAAACAGAAUCAAUUAUGAAACAAAAUAAAGUUGCUGAGAAAUUUGAAAAAUCUGAUAUAACCGAUGCAGAAAUUGCGCUGGUCGCAAAGCUAGGAGGUGAAAGACAUAUCUUGCCGAAAGCAUUUGAUAAUGAAAUUAAUGAUAACGACAACAAAACUAAUAGCAUAGAAAAUACUGACACAGUUGAAGUCAUACAACUACAUCAAGACCUUGUCAAAGAACAACUGAUAGCCACAAUUCAAGAAUCCGAGUUUGCAAAAGUUGAAGCUAAAAUCUGGAGCAAACGAUAUUUAAUCGCUGCAAUUGCAUUAUUUAUACUCGCAUUUUAUGUAAAGUUCAUAGUAAAUCGCUAG